GGUUAAAGUACAGUAACACUUGGUUCAAAAUUGAUAAGUUGUGUUAAACAGGAUUAAAAUUGUAAAUCUUUUUGCAUUUAAGUUGUACGACAGACGAGGCCUCUGCUGGUGACUUUCAAAAACGCGAUUUGUAAUUUAUGGAAAAGGUUUAAUUUAUUUAUUUAAGUGAAAAGUGUUGAUUUUGCCCAGAUGUAUAAAUUCCUCUAAUUUUUUUGCAUUUUUUUAUGGUACUCAACUAAAAAAUGUUUGAGGGAUUAUUAACUGUCAGAUACGUAACCUCAAAAAACUGUUUCUGUGUCUUGUCUGUUAAUAAUUUCAAACAUUUACAGAAUAAUGUCCUCAAAUUGUCCUACAAUGACAAUGAAGCAAUCCACGUGUCCGUUGACCCUUUAUCAGGAUCAGUUGAUGACCAAAGUCUUGGUAUUAAUUCGUUAUAUGCGAAGGCCUUGGGCCUUGAGGACAAUUCGUUGGUUACUGUUUCUGAAAUAUCAAAACCUCCAACAAUUCAGAGUGUUACAAUAACGGCCGUUGAUAGUAAUGACCAUUUAGUUUUGGAAUCAUUAGCUGAAAAUGUUCAGUCCACUUUGCUUGAGCAAAUUCGUGUUCUCACAAAUGGACAAAAAUUUGUCAUUUGGAUUGGGGCAACAAUUCAUGUAACUGUUACUGUCUGUGAUAUUAAACCAAUUUCUCCCGGCAAAAUUGAUAAUCUGACCGAAGUCGUAAUAAUAGCACCAGAAAAAAAAAUUCAUCCAAUUUCGAACAGCAAUGAGUCUAAAAACACAGACAAAACAUCAAAGUUUCUGCCUGAAUGUAAAAACAAUGAUGAAAAUUUAAUUUUGCGUAUCGUGCCUUUUGAAGAAAUAGUUUCGCAAAUGCGCGAUUUAAAUUCUCCAUUUAACGUUUUUGUGUUGAGGGCCAAUGUCCCACAAAAAAUAAAAGACACAAUAAAUAACACCACAUUGUUUUUACUAAAAUUGUUGAGUAACGAAGACGUCGACAAAUCGCUUUACGUCAGAUUAAUUAUUGUCGAGGACGUUUUAAGCGAUUUUGUCCAAAAUAAAUUGUGCUUAGAGAAUGUAUUUGUCAGCAAUACACUUUUUACUCAUUUGAAUUGUGAAGUUGGGGCACGAAUUCGACUAGAACCCCACAUCAGUACUUUGCCAGAAAUCAAAGAAAUAGAAAUUUACACAAAACGGGAUUAUUCAAUUGAUGUGGUUCAAAAGUUUCAGCAAUACUUAGCCGACAAUUGCAAAAAACACGAAUUUGUUUUAAAUUCUGACGUAAUAUUGGAAAUUGGCAGUAAUGUGAGAUGUUUGGUACGAUUCCAACCUUGCCAAGCAAAAUUUUGUGUGGUAACACAAGACUUGGUUCGAGAUUGCAAAUUAAUUUUUAUCAACGAAACAAUUCCUCAGCGCGAAAUUUUCGAUAAAAAGGAAUUUUUGGUCGACGAAUACGCAACGGAUGUGGCUAACUAUAACGAGAUUAUCGACAGUUGUGUAUUUUUGUGUACCUACAAAACUAAAAGUUUUAAUAAAUUGGAAAAUGUAUUAAUAACAGGGAAACCUGGUACUGGUAAAACAACUUUGGCUACGAUUAUUGCACAUAAAAUAAACUCUUAUCCCUUUUUUAUUCAUACAAAAAAAAUUAAUUGCAAGUCAGUCAAAGGAAAGACCGUCGAAUCGUUACAUAAACUCUUGUCUACAACUUUCUUCGAUUUAAUUCACCAUCAACCCUCUGUUUUAAUUCUCGAUAAUCUUGAAAUUUUGUGUGAAAACGUUAACGAAGGCGACGCCCUGUCGCCAAAUACGGUUUAUUUCAACAGAGUAAGUGAAAUGUUGGAAACGCUGUUUGAACAUUUUUGCGAAAAUAACGCCGUCGCUGUAAUAGCAACAGCUGAAUCAGCGUCCAAAUUACAUAAAAAUAUUUAUGCAACGAGAGGCCACCACCUUUUUAAACACGUUUUUGGAAUCAAUCAGUUAAAUAAAAAUGAUAGGAAAAAAUUGAUCGAAUUUUUUUUCGCUAAUUGUAACUGCGAUGUUGGUUUGGAGCACUUGGUUGAAAAAACUGAAAGUUUCGUCAUGCAGGACCUUGUUGAUUUCGUUAAUAAAACUUUAUUUGAGUCGUACCAAUACGAUUUUGAUAAAGACACAAUGACAAUCACUGAAAAGUGUUGCGAAACGGCUUUGGAAACAGUAACUGAAACGUGUUUAUCAGGCGUUAAUCUUCUUCCAUCUGGUGAUAAAAACUUGGACGAUAUUGGGGGUUUAUCCAGUGUCAAAAAACUCCUAAUUGAGACAAUGCUAUGGCCGGCGAAAUAUCCUAAUUUGUUUUCAAACGCGCCCCUUCGUCUGCCAUCCGGUUUGCUCCUUUACGGUCCUCCCGGUACAGGUAAAACUAUAUUGGCAGGAGCAGCUGCAAAACACUGCGGACUUCGCUUAAUUUCCAUAAAGGGACCCGAACUUUUAUCGAAAUAUAUCGGGGCUAGCGAGCAAGCCGUUCGGGAUGUGUUCCAAAGAGCACAAAGCGCCAAGCCAUGCAUAUUGUUCUUCGACGAGUUCGACAGCCUGGCUCCCAGGAGAGGCCACGACAACACGGGCGUAACAGACCGGGUCGUAAAUCAGCUUUUGACCCAACUUGACGGCAUCGAAACCCUUUCAGGGGUGUUUGUUUUAGCAGCGACUUCCCGACCUGACCUUCUAGACCCGGCUCUUUUACGACCCGGCCGUCUCGACAUCCACCUUCAUUGCCCUCUUCCCCAGGAAAAUUCCAGACUCGAGAUUUUGAAAGUUCUAUCAAAGUGUUUGAAUUUUUCUAACGAUGUGGAUUUAGGAAAAAUCGCCAGCGCUACUGAGGGUUUUUCCGGGGCUGACUUACAGGCCGUGCUCUACAGCGCCCAGCUGGACUCCGUCAAGGAGCUCCUGCAGGACGAGGCAAACAUGCAAGAAUUCCGCUGCGAGAUUCAGCAGGUCCAGCUAAUGGAAGCCGUAAAAACCACCAGGCCCUCUUUAAGUAAAGCGGAGCAGUUGAAAUACGAGCGAAUAUACAGGCACUUCGAGGGCGGCGGCAGCAGCGACUUCACGCCGGGAAGCAGGGCGACACUAGCAUAGUGAAUUGUUUUUGGGCUGGUUUUAAUAAAUUAUUGAUUUUC